AAAUUGAAUUCGAUACUUCAUAUGCGUCAUUUAUCAAACUAAUCUAAUUUAUUUAGACAAAUUAUAGAAACCUCUUAACUUUAGACAACGCUCUAUCAAUGCAGGCAUUUGUCAAUAUUACUAAGUUAGGUCGUGUACGCACUAGUGACUAGUCGGAACACCUUCGGCGUUUCAAGUGAUUGAAAAAGGUUGCGAACCGCAAGGUACUUGGAAUGAAAAUUAUUUCCACGCACACUUUAUUCUCUGUAGUUAUUACUUAAAUUACGUAUUUUAAACUGAUCGGCAGGCAGGCACAUGAUUUUAUCAACUGUGGUUUUUGACCGCACAAUGUGAACAGAGACAUAGUCUCUUUGGUUACCAUAGCAACUGUCAUCCUAUGUUAGGAAAAAAUGUUUCGACUUUUAAGUAGAAAAAUUUUAGGUUUCUUUUUAAAAACCUCUUGCCAUUUUAUGAAUCUUGGAUGAAAUGUUGUCAACAGUUGUUUUUCGUCUUGGAACUGAAAGUUUAAGGGCGGGCGGGGCGCGUUUCAGUUAUCACGGGCUCAGUGCGCACAGGGCGGUCCACGGCAACGCACGAGGUAUGGUGAACUUCGUGAGGAUAACUGUUGAUAUGGGGGAGGCGGUGCUGCAGCAUUUGAGGGACAGUUUCUUUGCUGAUGAGCCGCUCAACAAAGCCGUGGAGUUGUGCGAGCGAGGACAGCCCCAUGCCGCUCUCGAACGCCUCUGCACUGCUACUAUAGCUGAUGGACUGUCCAUAGCUGCGAUGGAAGGGGACACGCUGCUCGGCGUAGCUCUCAACGGCAUCUUAUGACCCGGGGACAUAGAGCAGUCUAUCGAGAAGAUACAGCAAUCUUCAGACGAGAAGUACAACAAGAUCUUUACGAUACUCUACACCGUGAGUAAGGAUCUGGAUCUCUUUAACACAUACCAAGUGGAUCGCAUACUGGAAUGCAGAAUUAUCUCUGUGUCGGACGCGGCGCGCGGCAAGGGACUGGCCAAGGAAUUGAUGAAGCGAAGUAUCGAUAUCGCAAAGGAAAAGCAAUUUAAGUUGUUCAAAGUGGACGCGACGGGCGCAUACUCGCAGCGUAUCUGCAGCUCUCUAGGUCUGCGUACUCUGCGGCGCGUGAGUUAUGCGGACUACCUCGGCGCGGAUGGUAAGCCCGUUUUCAACGUGCCGCCGCCGCAUGACGCACUCGCAGUUAUGGCGUUGGAGUUACCUUAAUCGGUAUUAUUUUACGAGUAUCAACUGCCAUAUGUAUUAUCCUAUUUGGAGUAAAUAAAAAUAAUGUAGAUAUGUGUAAUGACAAUUGGAAUUUACAGUUAAAAUUGUCGGUUUCUUCCGUAUACUUGUCGUCAGUUACUGGCUUUGUAGUUAAAUUUAAUUGACUAUUAUGAAUGAUAUUUUUGCAAAUAAAUCAUGACUAUGUAUUAUCUGACUUAAUAUGAGUAUGUAUUAAACAUUAUCUAGUAAGUUCUAAGCACAAUUCACACGCACAUUAUGAUUUAGUGUCAAGAAAAAUUAUAAUUUGUAUACCGUUUCAUAGUAGAAUCAUAUUCCUUAUGUGAAAUUGUGAUGUUAAUGCCAAAUUAAACAGACUUUUAAUAAUUACUGAAUAAAAUUAGUUCCACAGUAAAGUACAGCUUUUGAGAUAUAUUUUUAACCGUGCGUAAUAUUCUUAACAUGACUAAAUUAAAAAAAGUAUAUAAAAUUAUGACGUAUAUUUAGAUGUUUGACGUAUUAAUGUUGUUUAAAUGUUCAUUUAGAUGAACUAUAUAAUGAUGUAUCCUUUUAUAUGUGUUUACAAUCUUAGAGUUUAGAUGUAGCGAUGUUUCCUGCAAAUGUACUA